UAAAUUAAAAAAAAAAUCAGAAAUUUUCUAAAAUAUUAGAUUCGGAUAGUUUAGAAUCCAAAGUCCACAAAUACCCUAGUGCAGUCGUCAACUAACCUUACGUUAUAGCUAGCAAGAGCUCCCUGGUUAGGAUCUUGCCCAUGGAUUGUUCAUCUUCCAGUUCUUGUAUUGUUGUGCUGCAAAUAAUCAUGGAUUUUCUAGAAAAUAAUGGAGGACAAGUGUGCAAUCAGGAAAGAUGUUACUGAAUUAAUAGGCAACACUCCUAUGGUAUAUCUCAACAAUAUCUUGGAAGAUUGUGAAGCUCGAAUUGCUGCCAAGCUUGAAAUGAUGGAACCUUGCUUUAGUGUUAAAGAUAGGAUAGCACAUAGUAUGAUCAAAGAUGCAGAAGAGAAGGGUUUGAUUAUACCAGGGAAGACUGUCCUCAUUGAACUUACCAGUGGUAACACUGGGAUUGCACUGGCAUCCAUUGCUGCGGCAAAGGGUUACAAAGUUAUUGCCAUUAUGCCAGCUUCAAAGAGUCUUGAGAGAAGGAUUGUGCUAAGAGCUUUUGGAGCAGAGUUGUACCUCACAGAUCCAAACAAGGGUUAUUAUGAGAUUCUCAAGAAGGCAGAGGAGAUACAGAAAAAUACACCUAAUAGUUAUAUGAUUCAUCAGUUUGAAAAUCCUGCCAAUCCAAAGAUUCACUAUGAAACCACUGGCCCAGAGAUUUGGAAAGACUCCGGAGGUAAAGUUGAUGUCUUGGUUGCAGGGAUUGGAACUGGUGGUACAGUAACUGGUGCGGGGAAAUUUCUCAAGGAGAAAAAUCCAGAGAUUAAGGUUUAUGGUGUAGAACCAGCAGAAAGUGCUGUCUUGAAUGGUGGAAAACCUGGUCACCAUCUAAUCGAUGGACUAGGUGCUGGUAUUGUACCUUCCGUUCUGGAUGUUGGCAUUCUUGAUGAAGUUAUUCAGGUACCAAGUGAGGAAGCUAUUGAAACUGCCAAGCUAGUUACUUUGAAAGAAGGUUUGCUGGUGGGAAUAUCAUCCGGUGCUGUAGCUGCUGCUGCUAUGAAGCUGGCAAAGAGAUCAGAAAAUGCUGGGAAACUCAUUGUAGUAGUUUUUGCCAGUGCUGGGGAGCGUUAUCUGUCCUCUAAGUUGUUUGAGUCCCUUAGACACGAAGCUGAAAAAAUGACUUUUGAUUAAGAUCACAAUGAGGGUAGCAUAGGCCUUGAUAGGCCCUGUUUUCAGUAUCUUAUAAUAUUUCUGGAACUUAUGAUUUGUUUUUAGUUAUGCACUUGUCUUGGCGAGGGCUGAACUAAUGCAGGCCUUCAUCACCGCAAUUGUGAGUUGAAGUAAUUACCCCUCCGAUGUGCAAAUGAAGGCCACCCUCAAGGCCAUGUACCUUCUAUGUUACUCAUUCUCCUAAUAUAAAAUAAAUGAACAAGUUUAUCCUUCACAUAUAAUGUAAUCAAUUGUCCUCGAUGAUUCUUAAGCAACUUAAUUAUAUGGGAUUGGCCUAUAUCAUUGUUGAACUGAAUGUGUAUAUAAACACCAAGUAGGAUUUUGAUAUGUUUAUGACA